CGUGCGCUUUUAGUAAAGCCGUCACUGUCAUUUAUAUUUGUUAUAACCAGAGCAGAUUAACAAAACAUUCAUAUAACAGCAGCACAGGUGUACUGAUAAAAACAUUCGUAAUCUUUCAUCUGAAUCGGCUGUGAUUCCACGUACAAUAAAUAAGUGUGAAGUGAGUGUCUAAUUGUUGAUCCCUAGAGCCAUGACGACCAUGGUCCACUUUGAGAAUAAGCCCAUCAAGCAGUCUCUGCAGAUGAAUGUGGCCACACAACUAGCCAGAAUCAACAAUGACGAAGAGAUUGCGGCGAGAGAGUAUGAAAACAAACUUUACGAGAGACAGCAGUUGAGAAGUGCGUGGAUGGAACAACUGGACGGACUGGCGAUGGAGAAGAAGGCGAUGAUUGACAGGCUGAAGGUCAAGGAGGAGUUCCACCUGGCCAAACGAGCACUCAUCCAGGUGCGUCAACACAUGUUGAAGAAGUUUCUAGAAGAUGAAAUAGAAGUCUAUAAACAGGAAUUGGCCAAAAUGGGAAAGGCUAUCUACGUGAACAGAAUGUGAAAACGGUUCUGGCCAGCUAGCAAAACUCAUGCACUUCUUUUGACAAUUCCUUCAGCCAACCUCAUCAAUUUAAUUUCCUUAUUUGUCUCUGAAAAUUAGUUCGUACAAAAAAAAAACAUUUUAUUUUCUAAGAAAA